AAAUACAUUUUUAGAUUAAGUUGACAAUUGUAUAGUGUUUGCUGAGGUUUUUAUUCUUAUUUUGGUUUAGUAUUUUCGAUAGAAAAUGGAUGUAAAUGCACAAAACCAAAAUCAAAGCUACUGGUUAUUAUUCAGAGAGGACCAGAGCAACGUUAUAUUUAGUAGCAACAACUUUACUAUCCAAAACCCUACACAGAUAACUGCACAAGAGGCAAGGUACAUAGUGAGCACAGGUGAUAACAACAGACAAUACAUACAAAUUAAUGAAGUGCCUACAGUACCAGGUCCACAAGAGUUGACCGAGCCCUGUGAAGAGCCUGAAACUAACAAACAAAAGGUGGAAGACAACUUCUGGGAUAGGAACAAGAUCAUGCUUCUGCUCACACUGUGUCUAGAGAACAAACUAAGUAGCACCAGCGGCACCAAGGAGCGUGCGCUGUGGGAGAACAUUGCUGCUACCAUCGGCACCACUGCCCAAGAGUGCUACAAGAAGUAUAGGAACCUAAGGAGAACUUACAUAAGGCUACUGAAAGAGAAAAAAAUGGGCAGGCACAUUAAAUGGGUCCAUUUCAACCUCUGCGACGAGAUUUACAAGGAAUACAAAAGCCCUACAUUAUUAGAACCCUGGGAGGACUUAAAGAUAAGGAGGCUGCUGAGUCUAUACAUAGAGAAUCUACACAGGUUUCGGAACCCAGACAUCCUUCAGAAAGACAUCUGGAAAGAAAUAGCCCUCCAAAUAGGUUCCACAGAGUAUAGCUGCUAUCAUAAAUUUAAAAACUUAAAAAGGACCUACUUGACUUGGCUAGAACGGAGCAGAGAAAAAAUCGGAAAAUUUGUCAAGAAGUGGCCUUACCAGCACUUCUUCGAAAGAAUCUUUUACAAUUACAAUCCUAUUCUCAAGCCCUGGGAUAGAUUUAAAACAAAACAGCUAUUGGAUGCCUAUGCUCAAUAUAGUCACAAGUUUCAAAAUCCAAAAUUUCAAAAAAAGGAACUGUGGAAAGAGAUAUCCACAAUGGUUGGGGAGAGUCCAAUAGAUUGUGACAGGAAAUUUAGAAACUUAAAGCAGACAUAUGUAAAAUUGAAAAGCAAAAUGGAAACCAAUAGACACACAACAAAAUGGCGCUAUUUCAAAGAUUUUGAGGCAUUAUUCAGUAGCUUCAACUCCGAACCCCACAGGUCCACAGACACAGACCAAGAUGACUAUAUCUCACAGCUCCUCCAGUUCUACAUAGACCAUAAAGUUAAAUUUAGAGAUCCACUUACGAAGAAAAAGAAUCUUUGGAAGUUAAUUAGUCCCAAGUUAGGUAUGUCUCCUGAGGAGUGUGACAGAAAGUUCCGUAACAUGAAGCAAACCUAUAUCCGUCUAGCUGAGCGGAAGGAGCCAGGGCAGCAAAUCAAAUGGCCUUACUUUUCAUACUUUGAGCAGAUAUAUGGAAAUCCUAGCAUCCCUCGGUUUGAGAGUAGAGCAGAGGAUGCCAUGGAGAUCUCGAGGGCAGCCAAAGAUGUUCAAGAAAGGAAGGAGAAUGACAGAAAGUUUGAAAGACUACUCGCACUAGUAGAGGAGUCAAAUUGUAUACAGAGGGAGAGAAACAGAAUUCUUCAAGCUCUUAUCAGUCAAAAAUGAAAUUUCUUUUAGCUUUUAA